AUGGCCCCGAGUCUACGAGAGUUGAUUGAUUUUCUCCUGGCAGAGAUUGCUCUCUGCGGUGAUCAAGGCGCUUCUCCUUCCGAUAUCUUGACGUUCAUCAAUACUUUCUAUGCCAAGGCUGCACAGGAUGCAUCCACCCGCAGCCAUGUUGUCGACCGGCGAUUUCAGGAGAAAGUUUGGUCAUGGCUAGCAAGAAACCCUGAAGUUUCUAUUGGCGAAAAUAGAGAAUGGAAUGCUCUAAGUUUUAGUGAUGUAGAACGUCGUGUUAAUGAUGCACCCAGCUCUGAGCACACUGCCCAAAAUCCAAUCCGUGUUUUUGUCUCGAAGGAGAGGACAUGGCUUGCCAUCACAGGCCAUGAACCAGACGAAAACAAACUUCUUGCCACCGAAUUUGCUCUACUAUCUAUCAUCGCAUCGCGCAAGUCGAAUGGUAUUGCUCAGACGGAAUUGGUGAAACUGAGUGGUCAAGACAAGCGCUCAGUCCCCAAGCGAACUGACCAACUGCAGCAAAAAGGCUACAUUGAGAAGAGGGCUAUCCAGAUCAAAUCAACCCGAACUAGUCUUUGCACCCUACGUAAAUUUAUGCAAGCGGAGCAAUCAUCUGCAGAAACGACAAAAGACCAAUCCUCGGGGCAACCACAAGUGAUCGACUAUAAGGAAUUCAGCAAGCAGCUUUUCAGUAUCCUUCGGGAGCAUGAGAUCAUUUCCCGUGUUGAUCUCAAGAAGAUUCUCGGCUUCGCGGAUAGAUGGCGGUGGCGUAUCCUCUCUCGUGCUCUGCGGAAAUUUGAACGCAUAGGCGUCUUAAUGCGUGUCAAGGCCAUGUCGCAGUUUUCUGAAAAUGAUAAACAUUAUUUUGCUUGCGUGAAGCUUAUACGAGAACCGACCGAGAAGGAUUUGGAGUUGUUCCAUGAAUUUAGUCGAGGCAUCUCAACCAAUCUGGAGCAGGAUGAUAAUGCGGAACUUGAUGAAGAUGUAGACCCGAAUGAUGCGACAAGGGAAUCUCCUCUGCUAAAUAAUGGUGAAACACUCAAUGUGAUGAAACGCGAGGAGGAUACUGAUGAAGCUGGUCGCAUUCUUCCUGUGUGGUCUCCAGACCAGACUAUCCACAACCUGAUCCUUGACGUUGUCGAAAAAGCGGGGACUGAAGGAAUUAUGAAUCAGCAAAUCAUCAGAAAAUGCUUUGGUGGUUUCUACCGUCGGCCACUGGAGAACACAAUGAGUCGCCUGGUAGAAUGUUGGCAGUUGUCACAACCAUUGCACCUACGCCACAUGGCUAUUGUACGAGACACGGUACUCAACCGCACUAUAACCCAGUAUAACCAUUUCACCGCAACAAACUUUGCAAAGCUUGUUGAGACGGGUGAGUCAGCCUGGGAAGCUGUUGAGUUUACCCCGAAAAAUCCGAAGGUUGACAAGAUUCGUGCACCGCCUGUUGAUGCACAACCUGAGCUGGACGAGUAUGGACUGCCUGUGGCUGUACCUGCAAAGGAGCUCCUGAAAAAUGGCGAUGUCUCUCUUUUGGAAUGCAUAGUGGCAGUGGACCCGUCAAGCUACAAUGUCACCAACACUGAUGCCGCAGCCAUACGACUUAAAGAUGGAACAUACGCACUCCACUGUGGGCAAACCAAGGCGCCAGCGGGAAGUAGAAGGCUUGCUACAAGUUCUGACAUACUCUAUCUCACUAUCAAACGUCGGAAACUACCAAGGGAUGAGUCUGAAAAGUUCCAAGGAAUGUCUGAGAUCGAGAAACUUAGAGCUCUUGGUUUAGAUGAGACUUGGACGGAGUACAACGCUCUGUUGAUUAAACGUCCGCAUUCUGGAGUUUAUGUCACACCGCGUGGAAGGCGAAGACCUACUGGCAAAAGGCAAGGUCGUCCAAGGAUCAGUCGAAUUGCUGUCUUCAAGUCUCCGAGGCUGUCAUCUUUUCCCUGGUUUAUGGAAGAAGCUGAAGCAGGCGACCAAGACGACGGAUCACAACAGCCUUCUCGGGAACAGACUGUCGAAGAGGCUGUUGAAGAAAAUGCCGAAGACACACCUGUUCCCACACCCGUUCCCACAGCUGCCACGACAAGUAGGGCCUUAGAUGCUCCUGAAGAUAUAGAUGCCACACCUUCCCGAGGUACUAAAAGACGCUCAAGGCACCCUGUAUCUAAACUUGAAUCUAGCCCAGCAACUAUGCGCACUCCAAAACAGAGACGCAUUACCGACUUUACCACUAAGGCUAAUAGUGUUCCUAUAAUUGCUACUGGAAAGUCAGAGGGCAUUCCAGCUGGAGACUCAAGACAGGAUAGCCCUGAUUUUGGCAACGAUGAUAAAACCCAAGGGAAGCCAUUGAAGCGGAAGAGGGCCGAGUCACCCAGCCAAAAUAGCCAAGAGGUUGUAACCGAAAACAGUUCAAGAGAGAGCAACGUUCAUGCGACACAGGUCCUAGAGGUACCGUCCAAGAAGCCCCGCGAAGCAGUCCGAAAUGAGGGAAACAAAGACGCCACAGGCGCCAAAGACAACCUUCCAACGGAUCAUGCCCCUGUUAAUGACUUAAAUGGAUCGGCACCAAUGGAGACAGAGGAAUGCAACACCGCGCCGACAGACAGGGCUGCAGUGGAUAAAACACCGGCAUCUCAGGCUGUUCUAGACGGCCGAGAAGUCAACGCCAAUCCCUUGGAGCGCCCAGAUACGGAAAAACUGGCUGAGAACAGCAGAGCGAGAGAAAAUGUGAAGGAAAAGAAAGGGUCUGUCGGCUUCAUACGGCGAAAGAUUAUUUUGGACAUCGUCGAAAAAGCUGGCGGGGCAUUCCCCAUGGGAACUGAGAUCUGGUACCCGUUCGCGACUGCGUGGAGGAAGACCAAGUACAAAGAAACCCCCGACCUUCGUACGAUCAAAGCAACCGUGAAACAUAUAAUUGAUGCUGGAAAGCUUCGCCAAUUAACCUUUAGUGGCAAGGAUAACAAAGGGGUCAUGGUAACAAAAAAUAUCAUAGCUAAACCCGACAUGCGGGCAGAUGACCCCUUGGUCAUGGAUAUGCAGAAAAAGAUGCUGGCUGCAGGGUCCCGACAUUACAUCCCACAUAAUGUCGACUACGACCCCGAAAUGACAAAGACUGGUGCAAGGAGAGUCACUUUUGGAAAAGAUGGCAGAGACCCCAACACGUAUUCCAAACUUCCUGUCGAGUCAGCACUCACAGUACAAUUACAGUAUAAACCAGGCUUUGUUGUAGCCCAGGAGAAGAGGAAGGGUCUGAGCGUUCAGAAGCGGCUGUUGCAGAGGAUCGGGGAAGGGAAGGAAAAUCAUUCCAAAGUGGUUCGACUCUUGUCACUCCAGCGACCGUUGGCACAAGACUCUAUUACUCCUGGAAUGACUGCUGCUACAAGGCCCGAUCAAAUAGCCAACCAAGGUGGAAGGCGGAUCAAACCGGGACGUCGGCCUUCAGUACUUCAAACACAGGACGGCUCAGCCGCCGACGGUGGCCGGAGAAUGAGACGCCUUUGGAUUCCCAUAUCGUCUAUGGCACCAUACGCUAUGCUGAUGAACUCAAGGCAGACGUUCUAUGCAAAUACAGGAACAUUCUCGACAGACGGAGGCCUUGCUGCUCUGCGGGCUGCAAGACAUGACCAAAAGAAAGCGCGAGAGUUACCACGUACUCUUGAGGCUACCAACGACAAAACACCUGAACUACCUCAUUCGCUUGAUGAUUUGUUUAGCCAGACACGGCGACGCCAGGUUGACUACUCCGAAAGUGCAGACCCCCGAUCGAACCGGUUCUUCUAUGAUACGAAUGUGAUUAUGCGAUGGGAACUUCAAAAUGAAGGACUGCUUGACAAGAAGAGUGCAGAUCUUUGGUACAUCAACCAGACAGUGCAGGAUAGUUUUGAUAGCGCUGGAAUAGAGGGCAACGUACGGUUUGACAUUGAUGAACCGGAACUUCCAGCGCGUCCCCUGCCAGAGCCCAGGGUUACCAGACAAAGGGGGCGCCGAUCCGACUUUUCUGCACAGCCUGGUACCUUUGGCGCAACGACGCUUCUCGGAUCUAACCGACUCCCGAUAUCUCGGACACUGGCUCCUGGAUUAGCGCGGAACCGUCGCUUGGAGAAACUCAAUGCAUCAAUGGCAGCUGGCGAUGAGUUCGAUACGACAAUACAACCCGCUGGAUCUCGAGCGCCCGCUCGUCGGAAUCGCACUGGAUAUCAAUUGCCGCACUUGCUGACUCAAAGGAUUAUGAUCGCGAUUGUUGUAGUCCGUGCCUUAGCCGGGGGUUAUGAAGGUAAAAUUGUCGACUGGACACUCUUUUCUAGCAGCUUUCCGGAUUAUGAUCCGCUUUUCAUCCAAGCGAAAGGGAAGUACGUGUUAAGCAAGAACCGGCUCCAGUUGGCAAAAAUGCAGAGCGACUUCCAAGAGCGUUAUCUUGAAGCAUACAGCGAUGGUCAGGUUCCUCCGAUCAACUACGAUGAUCUCGAGGGGUAUGAUUGGGAAUGGGUUGUCGAUUGGGCAAACGCUCAACUCGAUGUCCCCAAAUCCGAAAAGCUCCUUCCGGACCUCCCCGCCACACGAGAGCAAUUUGACAGUGUAUUCGAGAUUCGGGAGGAACUACCGAGCACCCUGGAUGACAUUUAUCAGACCACUCAGCCAUUGACUAUCAAUCGCAAGCGUACCCUUUUUGCAACCGUCCCAUUUGCCCUCCCUCUGAUCGAUAAACACAAGACGCCUACCCCUCCCAAGCAGGAUCUUUCUCGCUUGGACGUGGUCAAAUCAUGGAUUCGGGCCAACGUCGUUACUCCGGAAGAGGCAUACAGACCUGCCGAGGCACGGCAAGCACUGUCGUACAUGGGAAGCUUCAUAGAAAACGCCAUCGAGUCGUUGGUAACAGAGAGGAUCAUAUCAAUGGGUAACCGAGGCAGGAUCACGCCGGGCCGCAACUACGACAUCACAGAUCACUUCCUGCACGCAUUGGGACGUAAGCGACUGAUUGAAAGCACCCAGCUCCGACGGGCAGCCAGGUUCAAGACGCAAAUGCUCGACCCAGAAUUACAAUCCGAAGGCAAAUUCGAGAUCAAAUAUAAUGCCGAAGACGGCGACAUACUAGCAGUGAUCAACCUAGUGGCCGCCCGCAGAGUGACCCUGAGACCACGAGAUGCUCCACGCGAUAAAUAUGGGUUGACAGAGGGUGGCUACCUGACCAGACAAAUAGACAGGGAUAAGCUCCGCUUCGCAGUUGAACUGUACCCCGUUGAAAAAACCUACGUGUACGGGAACCCGAUUGAGAAGGAACUCAACGAUGCACCGGCGCCCUGCCCUCCCCGAGCUACGAACAACGGGACAGCCUGGGUACCAGAAAAAAUACCUCUAUGGUGUGAUAUACACGGUGGCUUCAUCAAGCUACUGUGGGAUUUGGCCGUCGCCGCAGUAGCUGGUUGUGUCGCUAGCAGACCGGGGCUCAGCGCCGCGAGCAUUGCCAGCAUGAUCAAACCUACAAUGGGAGCAUGGGAAAUCGAGCACCUACUGAAAUGGAUGACAGAGAUUGGGGCCAUGCGAAAGGAGGGCCCAAGUGGCGAGAAAGAAGCUGGAUGGACCCUCCAGGAAUGGUGGUGGAUGAUACUAUGCUAG